AUGGCCACGUUUUAUAACAAAUUAACAACUGAUAAAGGAUCUUUUCCAUUGAUUGUAUUGACAUUUUCCCAUUAUGUAAUGAUUGAGCAACAUGUUGGUGAAAUCAUAAAUGAUUAUGAAAAUCGGCCACCAUCGGGUGCAUCGGAUUAUAAAAAUCUUAGCAAAAAUGAUCUCGUUCCAAAUUGGUCAUGUAACUUUGUUUAUUUAUUGAUUGGAGUAGCAGUUUACCUGAUGCAUUGCGGUAUUGAUUAUGGGAGUCAUGAUUUAUUUUUGCCGAAUACAUGA